AUGCUCCAGCUGACUCCUGAAGGUGACUUUGAUUUUUCCUGUUUCUUUUUAGUUGCCGAGGAAGCAGAAUUUCUAUUUUCUCAAAAUGGAGGAGAGACGUACAAGCAUAAUGUUCUAUCUCAAAAAACCCUUCUCACUUCACUGUAUUCCGACAAAGAGUUGAACUCUUUCAUUAGUUAUGUACUAUUCUAUCUAAGUCAACUUGACAUCCCAGUGAAACGUGGAACCUUUGUAGAAUUCCGAUCAAGCCUUAUCAAUAUUUGUCCUGUAGGCAGAAAUGCUUCUUGCGAGGAACGGCUUGCCUUUUCAGAAUAUGAUCGUGAACAUCAUGUUCGGGAAAAGAUGAUAAAUGAUCUUCAACAGCGCUUCAGCCAACUUCAUUUUACCUAUCUGAUUGGUGGCUUAACAUCGUUCGAUGUGGUUCCUGAAGGAAUGGAUAAAACCUUUUGUUUACAGUACUUGACCGAUUAUGAUACCAUUUACUUCUUUGGGGAUAAAACAAAUAAGGGUGGAAAUGAUUAUGAGAUCUAUGUGGAUCCGCGAACGAUAGGGUAUUCUGUUACAUGUCCUAAGGACACGAAAGCGAUUUGCGAGAAGCUUUUCUUGCAUUAG